UGUCUGGGAUCCAGUGUUGUCUUGUGGCCGGAGGCCCCAGCAAGAGUCUGCAGACCAAGCCCUAGCCGCGUUUCCAGAACGAAGGGCAAUCCGGCCGGCAGCUAAGAUGUCGCGAGUGGGGAAGGUGUCUCAGGUACAGGAUGGCAAAGUUUACCAGCAGAUCUUCGAGGCUGAGGUGCAGCUGGUUCAGUCUCUGGCAGCCACCAGGAAGCGGGUUGCAGAGCAUUUUGGGAAUGCAAAGAAUGUCAAGGCACCCAUGAUGAAGAAGGUGGUGUUAGAAGAAGGGGAGACAAUCACCCCUCGGCAGAAGAAGUGGAUGCAUAGCCUCCCCAACGACUGGAUCACGGAAAACCCAGUUCUCUAUAGGGAACAGAAAGAAGCCAUCAAGGAAAAGAUGCGUGAGACUGAGGACAUGAUCGCUGCCAAAGAGGUGCAGGGCCUCGUUGGCAACAUGGUUUCGAAGAAGAACAGCACCCUCACCUUCAACAGGCUAGAAGAAUACAAGAAGCGAAACUACGUGAAUGCACUGGCGAGAUUUCAGGAGGAACUAGAGCAGAUUGGGGUGGAGAUAGAACCCCUCAUCCUGGAGAAAGGGGAGACCCUUUUGAAAAAGAUGUUCCAGUCUGAUGAGGAUGUUGAUCAGCUCUUCAAGAAAGUCGAAAACGAACUGGACCUGGCCAACUACACUAUUGAAACCCUGUCAGAGCUGUGGGAGAACGUGGCUGAGAAAUUCAGGCAACAGAAGCAGGAGAUUAAGGAGCUAGACCAAGAGCUGUUGGCACUGGAGGUUUCUCGAGCCAACAAGCUAAAGGAAGUGCUGAAGAGAUACGUUGACAUCAUAGAGAAAACCGCCUUCCUCCUGCAGCCCGAUGUAUACAGACUGAUAGAUAAAGAAGCCAUGGCCAUGAACCAGGCUCUACUAGGCAAUCGGAGGGCCAUCGCCCAGCUGUUGAUCAACCUGACUGAGGUCACCCUACAGCAGGAGGUUGACAACCGCCAUCGCUGGCAGAGCGUGAUGGACACCUGGAAGGCUCUCAAGCAGGAGGCCCUGUUCCAGAGCUUCAUAGAGUUCAUGGCUAGUGAUAAUAUCCUGGAGCCCCCAUCUGUACGGAAGGAGCUAGAAGAAAUGCUGAAGAACCAGCAAGUCCUUCAGGAAGUGAGGCUGGAUCAUCUCUGCACCAUUUGUAACCUCCUCCCCCCGAACUAUAGCAAAAAACAGGUGACUCAGUGGUUUGACUCUCUCACUUCCCUGAACAAGCAGCUUGACACCUACCACAUGGACUGCAUGGCGCUGGUACGCUUCCUGUAUGAGAAAACUUGGCAAGAGUGCCUGGCCCAUGUGCAGGAUUGCAAGAAGCAGCUGCUGGACUGGAAAGCUUUCUCUGAAGCAGAGGCAGAGAACCUGGUGAAUCCAACCUUCUUCCUAAUGGUGGGGGAGUUCCAGAGCAAGGUGGAGAAGCAGCUGGAGCUCCUGGAUAACUCCUUUGAGGCCUUGGCCAAACAGACAGAAUUGCAGAGCUCAGACAUCUUCAGGUACUUCCAGGAGGCAGUACGGCUGUGGGAGGGGCACCAGAGCAUUCUCUUGGCCCAGGAGCUGGAGCUGGAGAAGAGGAUAGAGCAUCAUCGGCAGAAACACAACCAGGAGAACCAGGCCCAAGAAGCUAACCUUGACAAGCUUCUAGACCAACUGAGACAGCAGAGCCAAGAGGAAGCCCUGAAGACAAGUAUGGAAAAGACCAAGAUUUUUCUGAAGAACAUGAAGUGCAGGUACGAGAGUUUUCACAUCCUCCUGAGCAAAGAAGUGAUGGAGUACCCGGCGUUCGUACUGAAAGAGCUCAACGGCUACAGCUUUGCACUCAGCCGGCACUUCUUCAUCCGGGAAAUCUUUGAGCAGAACUUGGAUGGGGAAGUGAUUUUCAAAUUCAGGCAACCAGAAAUCCACGAAAGAGUCUUCAUGCAGAAAGUAAAAAAACUGAAGAAAAAACGAAUGACGAGAGUAAAAAUACACAAAGCUGAAACCAGCAUAAGUGAGGAGACAGGUUCUAAGGGGCCAGAAGAAGGCAUGGAAGAAGAAGGAAGAGGUGAAGAAACAGAGCCAGUCACUGCUGGAGAGGCCCUGAACCAGUGGAGCAAGUUCUCCGGGAUGGAUGAUCUCAAAGAAGAGUCUUUCCUAGACUCUGAAGAAAUUCGGGGCGUGAGGGAGACUUUCUCAGAGACAUCUCAGGACACAGAAAAUGUGAAGGCCCCUGUGAGGGAGACUUUCUCAGAGACAUCUCAGGACACAGAAAAUGUGAAGGCCCCUGAAGAGGAGAGGGUAGAGGCAGAUGAAGAGGAGGAGGAAGAGGCGCAAAAAGAAGAGGAGGAGGAGAAGGAAGAGCAGCAGGAGGAAGCAAAAGAGGAGAGGGAAGAGGAGGAACAGAGGGAGGAAGAGGAAGAAGAGGAGGAAAUACAUGAGGAAGAGGAAGAUGAGGAGGAAGAGAAUGAUAAUGAUGAGACUGAAGAUGUGGAGUACAAUCAAGAGAGCUUUUUUAUGGAUCAGGGUGAAGGCAGGGAAAAGGGCCCCGAGGAGAUGUCCGGUGAGGAGAUGGAGUUCUUCACAACUGCAAGCGGAAACACUUACUUUGCCUUCCUGUCUGUGGAAGAUGAACAAAAGAUCCACAGUAGGCCCCAUUCCCACCAUGCUGUGUUCUUCAAUGACUCUUUCAGCAACAAGUACAUAGAGCAAGUGAUUCUUCCACUCGAACUAAUCUUAAAUGUGAAGAAACGGAUUCGAGCUGGCUUCUUUGAACAUCUUGAGAAGUGGUUUGACCAGUGUGUCCUCAGUGCUCGGGUCACUGUGGCUGCCAAGGUUGACGAACUGGACUCAGAGCUGGAGCUCCGUCUGCACCUGCACAAGCCAAGGCUCCAGCACGUGGAGAAGGAUAUUCACAACGUCAGAGCAGCUGAGCUCCUGCUUCACAAGGAGAGGCUGGACAGCCACUGUGCAGGUGUGGUCGAGACACUGAGGAAGGAGAGGCUGAUGUUCUGCCAGUUCCAAGAAGAGCAAACGGCACGGAGCAAAACCUUCCGCCGCAAGAUCUACGACAUGGAGCACAAUUUCUUAAAUGCCUCCAAGAGCCAAAAGCUGGCUAAUCUCACCAAAGCCCUCCACCGGGAGCUGCUUAGCUAUGUGGAUGUCAUGCAGGUGUCCCUGCGAAGCUUCCGGCAGUACCUGGAAGAGAGCCUGGGCAAGCUCCGCUACACCAACAUUGACUUUGUGAAGCACUGCAGAUUGUUUUCAGAGGGUGGCAACUUUUCCCCUGAAGAAGUGGAAUCACAGUGCCAUCGGCUGGAGAAGGAGGCUACCCGGAUUGAGCUCGUUGAAAAUCUAAUCAUGAUCCACAUGGAAAAGAUGGAGACAGAGUACCUGGACCAGGCCAAUGACGUCAUCAACAAAUUUGAGAGUAAAUUCCACAACCUAGCCUCGGACCUUAUUUUCGUAGAGAAAAUCCAACGGCUAAUGACGAAUCUGCAGCUAAACAUCAAGUGUCAGGUGGCAAAGUCCAAUUCCCAAGCAGAGGGAUUAAAUUCUUUUCUGGAACAGCUUCAACGAAAGAUACAAACAUGUCGAGACCACCGAGGAGAUAAGGGCGAGGUGACCACAGAUGACCUCCUUGUCUUUGUCCGAUCCUGGAAAGAAAAACUGACCCAGAGGAUUAAGUACCUCAACUGCAGCCUGGACACGACGGCCAUUACUGAGGAGGUCUUUACGGACACCAUCAUGACUGAUAUGGAAAUGGAGAGUGACAUCCAUGCAUCCUCAGAGGGCCCUGACGAGGAAAACAAGGUGGGCCUUGUCACUCCUGAGUCCUUUGCCCAGCCAACACGUAUGGGCAAGUCCAUGAUUGAAGACCCGGCUGUGGAUGUUAUCAAGAAGAUACUUCAAAUUCCUCAGACAAACUUGGCGUGCGCGUGUGAAAAGGAACGCUCCCAAACAGGUAGAUACGCAGACCUGUGGGUCUUAGGGAGUAGGAACAGGGAAGUUGGUGGCAGCUGUGGCCUACCAUCACCCCCUCCUCUCCUCUGCCCUUGUCCGGGACGCUCGUCACCCAAAGGCUUGAAGAGACAUCGGUACCGGGGAGAAAGGUCUACAAAGAAGGCCUUGGGCAGCUCCAGUGGUACCUCAGCAACGAGCAUGACACGACAUACCAAGAUGAUCAAAUCCGACAGAAAGUACCAGGUGCUCGGGGAGAAGCCUCCUUCUCAGGCCGAGGACUUUAAAGGCAUCAUCCUGACCCUCCUCUGGGAGAGCAACGAACACAUGCUGUUUGUCGUGGAGGAUUUUUACCGCAAGGAGAAACGCGCCGUCUCCAGGCCUGAGUGCAUGUACGAGAGCUUUGACCACUGCGCUGAUCACAUUGGCAAGAGGAUCGUGGAUUAUCAGAAAAAGGCGGAGGAGUACCACAAGUCCUGCGUCCUGGAAUUACGUGCCCAGGUGAGGAGGUUUGAGGAGCUGCUGCCCCAGGUGUGUUGGCUGGUGAUGGAGAACUAUGAGGAACAGCACUGGAACAAGUUUUGCUCAUCCAUGAAGGAGAUCCAGGAGCAGUUUGAGGAAAAGAAGAAGAAUCUGGAGAAGAGGAAGGAUGAAAACUCCCAGAAGCUCCAUCCACAACUUGGCCACCCCUCAUAUGCCCGUGAAAUGGAGUCGCUAUGCACCAUUGAGGAGCUAAGACAGGAAGAGCUGGACCAGGUGAUCCAGGAGAACCAGGAGAAGAUGGAGGAAUUUGCCAAGAAGUACAGCAACUUCUUCAUAAUGAGCUUGGCCUCCUUCACAGAGAAGUUCCUGAUGCAGCUGGACGACGUGGUUACCGUUGAUGACAUCCUUGCUCCACGGAUGGAGCCCCCAAAGCAGAAAAUAUCAAUCCUUAUACGAAAGAAGCUGGCCAGGUUCUCUCUGGAGGAAGAGAGUGAGAAGCCCCUGGUUGAACGAGGGAGCAGGAAGUGGCUAGGAAUCAAGCCCAAUGAAAUCACCAUUCAAAACAAGAUACUGACUCGGAAGACACCAAUGAUAACCACCUGUAAGACCACCCUGGGCCACUUGGCCACCAUAGAAGCCCGAGAUGCCGUUUACCUGAAAUACUUGGGCCUGUUUGAGAAAGAACUAAAGAAUAUCAAGGAUCACACCACAACCCUGGAGUUGGAGGCUCAGCACUGGAAGGAAAGCUGGAGGCUCUCCCUGGACACCAUCCAGUCCCUGUACUUGACCACUCCUUUUCUACACCUGAAAUAAAGCCUUUGUUU